AUGGAAGAAGGAGAGCACCCCCGGACCCCGGACCUGAUCGACUGGACUCGCCCGCUGUCGCCAUGGGGUGACGGAGACUCGGCGAGGCGUGCCGUCGAGGACGGCGUCGGACCCGACUUGGAGGCGGACCAGCAUGUGUCUGCCAGCGUCACCGGCAGCGUGAGCACCGAAGUGUCGCCAUCCGUGUACUUUACGAUACACCGGAUCCGGCGUCUUAUUCUGGCGAGCAUAGAUGACCCUUACACGCUGGACCAACUCCGCGAGCCGCGGAUGAACUCCCUGGUAGUCCGGCCACUCGUAGACCGCCUCUACGACCCCGACGACCCUACCAUCGUCUACUGCCUCCUCGCGAACCGCAUCCAGUUCCUGCGGCAGCACACCAGCACCGCCCACCACACGGUCAACGUCUCCCGCGCCACGCUCUGCGAGCUCGUCGCCAGCCGCGUGCUGCGGCGCUACCACGAGGACCACCCGGGCCAGAUCGGCCUCCUCAUCCUGGCGCACAUCCUCGUCGAGGGCUUCGACCCCUUCCAGGGCGCCCCCGAAGAGGUUGAGAGCGAGUGCCGGCAGCUGCAGUGGCCCGUCCAGCGCCGCGACGGCCACGAGCGGAAGCUCACGACGCUCGAGCUCGCCAUCAUCUCCGAGAGCAAGCUGUUCCUGAGCUCGUCAGCCUGCCAGCGGCUCGUGGACGCCGUCUGGCAGGGCGUCGUGACCUACACGCCGCUCUCCUUCGUCGACAUCCUCCCGGACCACUACGAGUACGCCUCGGUCUCGCUCUACGAGCCGCGCAGGGCCCCGCUGCUGGACGAGAGGCGGCUGGUGGUGCCGUGGAUCCGCCAGAUGACGGAGCUGUUCCAGUUCGUCACCCUCGUCGCCCUGUACGUCCUGACCAUGGUCAACCGGAGCAGCCCGGCGCUCAGCGGGUGGGAGUGCCUCUUCGCCGUCUACACGGCCGGCUGGACCCUGAACGAGUUCGCCGCCAUCAUCGAGCACGGCUGGGCCGUCCACUCCCAGACGCUGUGGUCGUUCCUCGACAUCACCUUCAGCCUCAUCUUCGGCUCCUACGUCCUGGCCCGUGUCUACGACGUCCUCGGGUACCAGGGCGUCGUCGCCGACGGGUACGGCGUGCACAUCCUCUGUCUCGCGGCGCCCGUCCUGCUCACCCGCCUGGCCUUCACCCUGCUGCCGGACAACAUCGUCUUCAUCGCCAUGCACGCCAUGAUGAAGGACUUCACCCGGCUGACCUUCAUCUCCAUCUGGUGCUUCAUGGGCUUCUUCCUCGCCUUGCGGUGGCUGAUCGGCAGCAACGAGGACACGGCCGCCGCCGCCGCCGCCGGCGGACACGCCAACAAGGCGGCCCUGACGUGGUACGAGACGUGCAAGUGGCUCAUCUGGACGUGGUUCGGCCUCGACGGCACCGGCAUCGACCGGUCCGGCGAGUUCCACCCGGUGCUCGGCCCGGCGCUCAUGAUCGCCUUCGCCUUCCUCGGCAACAUCCUCUUCCUCACCAUCCUCGUCGCCAUCCUCAGCAACACCUUCUCCAAGCUCAUCGCCGACGCGCCCGCCGAGAUCCAGUUCCGCCGCGCCGUGCUCACCUUCGCCGGCGUCAAGAGCGACUCCAUCUUCGCCUACCCGCCGCCCUUCAACCUCGCCGCCCUCGCCGCCCUGCUGCCCCUCAAGUCGGUGCUCACGCCGCGCGCGUUCCACGUCGUCAACACCUCCCUCAUCCGCGCCCUCAACGCGCCGGCUCUGCUCGUCAUCAGCGCCCUCGAGCGCCGCCGCGCCGCCCACCCGCGCCGGAACGCCGCCGCUGCCGCCGGGCGGUCGCAGUCUCUGCUCAACUGGAGCUUCAGCGGCUUCAACCCGCACGGCGACGUCCACGCCGUCUUCAAGGUCGAGCCGCCGCCGGCCGUCGAGCGCGAGCUCGAGGAGCUCGACAACCUCAGCGACGUCGGCUUCGCUGAGAGUGAGCUCGGGUCCCGGUUGUCGUGGGACGUCGGCCGGUCGAGGUCGGGACGGCGGCCCGUGAGGAGGAGGAGGCGUCCCGGCAGGAUGGUGUCGCCCAUCAGCGUGGUGUUUCCGCUGCCGAGCGUGCAGCGCGUCGGCACCAACGAGUUCGAGCCGCUGUCCGGGUCGCCGGUGAGGCGGGUUGUGGAAUAG